GCGUUAACUUCAUUCAUGUGGUAGUUAGGAAAUAACCAACAAAUGGUAAAUAUAGAGUGAAUAUAGCUUUAUACCAUAGAAAGCCUGCUGAAUUCUAUGACUUACAAACUUGGAUUGAGAGUUUAUUCCUCGAUGGAACAGACUUGAUAAUUACAGGAGUUAUAUCAGAAGCAUUAUGGAUGUUUUUCACUUGAAAUCACAAGAUGUCAAUAAGGGCAGGGGAGCCAUAGUUCAACCAUUAGAGACUGAGCUUCCAAAGAUGUUGAAAAUAGCUUCAGGACCAUACCGUCAACAAACAUUUCUCUUCCAGAAAGGGGAUCGUGUAUUUAUAAAAACGUAUGAUGUGCUUGAUUUACUGUCUCGGGAUGAUGGAACACUAAGUGUCCCUUUUGAGUCGCAAUCAUCUGAUCCGAGUGCAGGUAUGAUAACAAGACAGGAAUUCGACUAUUUCCUAGAAAGCUGUCAAGAGAACGACCAUAUUUUUAAAGACAGCAACACAUCCCCACAGUAUGAUCACCAGGCGCUUUGGACGAAUGGUUUAGACGGGGGUUUAGACCGUUGGCAACACUUGGGUAGAGGAUACGAAUUUACAAUUUCUAGGAAUUAUAAAACGUUAGAAAUUGUGUCUUAUAGGUACAACGAAGAGAAGCAGAUUUACGAACUGAAUUGGAGUAUCUGUUUAACAUUUCAACAAAUACAUGCCUUAUUAAAUAAUAUAUGGCUGAUCAUGGAGCCUUUGGCACUGGCUGAGAAAAACUGUCUGGCUACAUUACACGACGAUCAUCUAAAUCAAAUGGGGAUGUGGGCAUGUAACGUUUGUCAAUACAUGAACCGCAGGACAAUUUUUGAUAAUGAACUUACUGAACAAUAACAACGAACGUAAAUCGUUUCUUUUAAAAAACAUUUUUGAUAACCUUUCAAGUAGGACAUUUUUGGAUCUAGACCACAGUUUUGUAUAUUGGAAUAAAUAAAGUUCUUCAACGUGACUAAUUGUUUAAAUUAUAGACAGCUCGACGUAGCAAUUGAUUACGAAAUGUAAAUGAAACACUACCAAAUCUAAACAUUUAUAAUUUAAUGUAAGUUGUCUACGCUAUAAAUUAAAGAGCUAAAUUGAAUUUAAUACGAACUAAAAUGUUACAUCUUCGAGAACCUAAUUAAGUCUUUUCAUUCAGUAGUGUAUGAUGGAAUAACACUUUAUAUACUGAAUGUACA